AUGAACAACCAAGCCCAAGGACGACCAAGGCCCUCCUGGUCUUCCUCCGAAGGCCCGUCACUUCAAAAAACCACAUCUCACCAGUCUACGGUUGAAGAUUACGAAGAAAGUACCAGCCAAUCACCUAGUGAAGGCGGCACUCAAUACCCAACACCACCGAGUUCGGCAUCCAAGAUGGAGUACACUCCAGCCGUUCAACGUUCUGUCAGCGGGUCCGCCGUUACGCAACUGACGCCCAGCGACGAUACAGCCGUGACCAAGACUAACGGUAAUCGGGGCAAGGUGCCAAGGGAAGCAAGGAACCUCAAGGUUAAAGGAGCACGUCCUGGUAGUAUAUCCUCUUCAGGGCCCGGUCCGAACUCUGCUACCCACGAAGCGUUCUCGUCUUCCCCAGAAUCAAGUUAUUUCAAAACUCCGCUCCACGAUCGACAAGUCGCGGCGGCGCCAUAUGCCCCUACAGCUGUGGCCGUUGCCAAUUAUCCUCAGUCUCCUCUCAGUCCUGUAUCAUACGCAAACUGGGGGCCACCACAAACUCCCGCUGGCUACCCUCCACCUCAAGAGCCGUUUGCGCCUCAGCAGUUAGGAUUGCCACCUAUCAACCACGCUUAUCAUUCCGGAUUUGCCUAUGCGAACCAGAGAAGUCCCGCUUUAGAUUCCGCCUUUGCCAAUCAGCCCCCCUUGUAUGAACCGCAACACCCUGAAGCCGACGAGCAGAUGCCUGUGCAAAACGAUGACCUCCAUGUUGAAGCACUGAAUGGAUAUGCGUCUAUAGCAGCCAGACUAUCCGGGCAAUCCGGGCCAUGCAUUCAGCCGCUAUAUCGAAGAUUUGAUUGGCUUCAUCACCGUAUCUUGUUAUAUCACCAAGACCGAAUCGGGGACUUGGAAGAAGAGUUGAUACAUUUGGAUUCCAUCACCACAAACAAUGGAAGACAUAUGAGUGUCUCUUUUCGAGAAGAACGAGAAGCGAAGCAUGCUAUCCAUCAGGAAAGGAAUCGAGUAGUGCAUGAAAUUGAGAUCCUACUUCGUAAAUAUAGGAACGCCAUCUCGUCUCUUGAAGACAUGCAGAAACUACCAGCCCCAAAGAACGACGAUAUUCAAGCCUACAAAACCUUCCUAAACCAACGGAAUGUUUUGAUAGAAGAGGAAACACUCUUUCUUGGGUCAUCAGAUCUCGUCGUUUUGCCUCGAGGACCAAGAACGAAUUCCCCUGGAAGUGAUCAGACACAACCACAACAAACGUCUCCUCCACUUGUUCCUUUGCGAACCCUUAUAAAUGGGUUCUCCAUGAGCUUUCUGUGCCUGGCCGUUCUGAUGAUGGCCCUCCCUGACCUUACGACUCGGCUUGUCAUGGUGGUAUCCUAUGGGGUCCUUGUCACCACGGUGCUAUCGACAACUGGACAUCUACGACGAUUACGGCAACUUUUUGAAGGUUGA